UCCCCACAGCGAUAAUCUAGGUCACAUUACUUGCUUAUGCUCCGUUGGUGGAAGUUGUGACAGAAAUGGCAGCUGAAUCAAGUAAACGCAAGGAACAGAAGGGGGAGUCUGCGUUGGUGAAAACCUAUCUAGUUGCUUACAAUGUCUCUCAGAUGCUCGGGUGGUUGAUUCUGUUUGUGAUUGCUGUUUCUCAUGCGGUGUCGGGGAAUGUACAUGGACUGUACAGAGCAGUGGAACCAAUUCUGAAGAUCUUUCAGACAGCUGCAGUUCUAGAGGUCCUGCAUUGUGCUAUUGGCUUUGUUAAGUCCAAUGUAAUGCUGACUGGCUUCCAGGUGUACUCAAGAGUCUUCUUGCUGUGGGGUGUCAUCCAUUCUUUUCCACAAGCUCAAAAUGGCCAUGGUGUUGCAGCUCUCAUCUUUGCCUGGUCCAUCACAGAGAUUAUUCGCUAUGGAUACUAUUUCUUUAGCUUGUUGGGUCAGGUGCCCUAUUUCCUGGUGUGGUGUAGAUACACAUUCUUCAUCCUGCUGUAUCCCAUCGGAGUCACUGGAGAGCUGAUGACGAUCUGGACAGCCUUGCCCUAUGCAGAGAAGCUGAAGCUGUACAGUUUUGAGCUGCCAAACACACUCAACAUGUCCUUCAACUACUACUACUACCUCUGGUGCAUCAUCUUCGCCUACAUCCCAGUGUUCCCCCAGCUGUACAUGCACAUGCUGACACAGAGGAAGAAGAUCAUCGGGCGCCGACCAAAGAGUGACUAGCCUGCUGCUUCACUGAUCCUGCUGCUUCACUGAUCCCGCAAACUUAUUGAUAUCAACCCUUUAAUUCUGAUACGAUACCCCACUGCAUAAAUGCCCCUUAGAAGAAGAGACUUUCUGAUCAACCAAUCAGCAUUGAGAAUUUAAAUUUUUGGGUACCAAUUAGCGAAACAUCUAAUUUCUGUACAUUGAAAAUAAGAGUUGAUUGGCUGGUUCCAUAAUGUAAAUGAUAAAGGCUACGCCAUUACGGUCCUACCUCACGAAUGAACAUCAAAUCACUUGAGCACAUGAAAAGAUUUGGAAAACAUCUGUAGACAGCCAAUUGACGGUACACAUGCUGUGAAAAUCCUGCAGUUGGACGAAAUCAAUACAGAUGUCACCAUUUUUAAGAAGUGAAUGUUGAUUUACAUACACUAUGGACUAUGCAUAGAACUCUAUAAUUCCAGCCUAGUUCAGCAAGGGUGGAAACUGGACUUUUAUAGUCAGUUAACUCCCUUGCCUUGGGAAGAUGGACCCGAAAGGGAGUUUCAUCAAAGGAAUAUUUGUGUUGUGUGGGUUUUUUCUAUUGUUACAAUUUAAGCUGCCAAAAUAAAAUGGUUACAAAGGGAGACAGCUGAGGGGUUUUCAGGAGAGCAGAACCAAUAUCAGGAAUUUAUCUAGGGAUUAGAAUUGGGAAUUUCGUAAAAGGCCUUACUUUUUUAAUUUCAGAGAUGUUUUAACAUUGCAUUCAAUGUAAAACCUAAGUAUUCAAGACUCCUUUGUAAAACAUUGGUUGUAUCAUGAUUAAACGUCCCUGACAGGAGAAAGUCUAUUUGGUUACAGGGCUCCAAAUCAUAACCUGUGAAGCAGAAAAAAAGGAAAGGGAAAGUUUUAAUUAAAAUUUUGGUACUUUUAGACAGUUUAUGUAGAUUUGAUACCUAAAAAUCAACCUCUGAAAAUGACUGGAGAAAUCAGUGAAUAUUCCCAUGUUUCUGUAGCCUAUUUAGAAGGGAUUCCACACAAUCAUCGUGAUGCAGACUUCAGGGUAAUAUUAUUUUAUGAUAAAAUUUACACAUUCCGAUUGUCAUCGCAAUUCACCAAAAGGAACAUACAUGUUUUGCUCAAGAUAUUUUGUUUGCUGAUACAAGAUAGGGCACAUCUCUAACCUGAUCCAGGGCUAGAUGUAAGGAACUCAAUUUGACUUGCACCAGGUGCAUGUUGACAUGAAAACCUCAUUGCACCAGAUAGACCAUGUUGCACCCUGGUCCUAUAUAUUUAUAAAUAUUGAAACAUGUACACUCGAUCUUGAAGUACUCACAGUUGGAUGAUAUCGAAGCCCCCGAAUUACACAUAACAAAGGGAUUAGUGAUGUAAUAUGGUAAAUAAAGCUAAGAGGUAUUGAGUGUGUACAAAGUUCUCAAAGUACAAAGUCUUGUGUGGACAAAUUUGAGGAUUUUGACAUAUACGUGGUUGCAUUUUUCAAUAGUAGGUUGCACUGGAGCAUGUUUUAUAUAACUAAAUCGAGCCCUGCUGAUUCUGUACAUAAUUUUGAUGACAUAAGGUUAAAGCUUUCUCUCGUCACGCAGAAGACCCGCGUUCAAUUCCUGACAUGGGUACAAUGUGUGAAGCCCAUUUCUGGUGUCCCCUGCCGUGAUAUUGCUGGAAUAUUGCUAAAAGCGAUGUAAAACCAUACUCACUCACACUCACUCACUCACUCACUCACUCACUCACUCACUCACUCACUCACUCCAAAACCUUUCAGAGCUCUCCUCUUAUGAUGUCGCAUAGACAUCUUGGAACAAUAGCUUCUGUGCUAGAAUAUAAAAAAGCAAAUUCUAAAAUACAGUGGAAAAAAGGUUAAAAGAGCAAAGAUACUUUCACAGCGGAAGAGUGUUGUUGUCUCAAAAGAAGAGUUCCAAUAGUUAGAACGUUUCAAGUCACGUCAUUCUAUUGUGUGAUUGGUAGUUUUUCACAAGGUUUAUGUGGAAUUGUAUGGAACAUGCAGACCACAGAUUCGCUGAUAUAUGUAUUUAUUACCCGAAUUUAAUAACUCAACAUAAUCAUGAACAUAUCUAGUAUUAAAUAUAACUAGAGCACUAUUGAGUUAUCUCCCUUGUCUUCUCAAAAGUAACCCCUUACAAUGCCCUACUUCCAUAAACUCCAGUGCCACCAGAUGGCGCUUGUGCCAUGCUACAGUAACACUGUGGUGUUCAGUGAAGGCACUGUGCUAGAGCUUGCCACACCCAGUUACAAGAUUGAAAUUUAUGACAUUCAUGAUUAUGUCGCCCUAAACAAAUUUAACAUCUAAUCAGUUUAUAGCAGCUAUGGUCAGGUUUGUACAAAACAAACCUUAGCGGUACGACUGUCGUAAGUCUGUGUUAAGGUAUGGGAGUUACAAUUACCUUAGCGCUAAGAUCGCUUUGUACAACGGCACUCAGGUCUAUUAGAAUAACAAAUUUGUUGUUUAUGAAUGGUAAAAAAGAUUGAUCUGAGUGAAUGAACAAUCAAGAAUUGGCUUGAACCUUGUGUGUUAUUUGUAUAUGCAUUGAUCAACUACGAAAGAGAACAUGAGAACAGCAUCUUCUUGUUACUGUGAUUUGUUUUUGCUAGUGCUGUGUUAGUAAGACUUGUGGAGUUAACCAUAGUAUAGCACGAGAUAACAAUGUUGUACAAUAUUUUAUUGUAACCACUUUGUUAUAUUUUUACAAUAAAAACAUUUUCUUC